GAAUUAGUUAGGAAGUCCGCUUAGCGGUAGACCCCGACCAGCCUGACCCAGGAAGCUGGAGAUCUCAUCAGCCUCUAAUAACAUAGCACAGCUGGGAUGUAUCAUUUACUACGUGUGAUUGAGUGAAGAAGUUACGAGUUACUUUCUCUCUAGCAAUACUGCUACAUAAACUUCAACCUGGGUAUCUUUCCAAUAACAGCCCUCAAACGCGGUCAUCAUCCAACCAUCCAACCAUCCAACCGCACCAUACGACCAAGCAUCCAUUUUAUUUCCAUGGAUAACGGUUAUGAGCAAAUAUCUAUUCGUCUAGAUCUCCGAGCCCCGUCACUUCGACAUUAGAAGUCAUCCUUUGUAGUCUGUCGCAAGUCUGCAACAUCAAAGGUUUGGAUCGUCGACGAUACACGGUAUAAUUGGAAAACACGCGCAUAUAAUCUCAACUUUACAUUUUUGGCCAUGAUAUUUCGUAUAAGACCCCAAAGUUAGGUUGGUAUAUUUGAUUCUGUAAUCACCCGGGCAAGCAGCUUUAACUACCUAUUGACUGGAGUACAUCUAACUUGGACAUGACAGUUUAAUAUACAGACUACCUAUUUGAUCUAUUAUUAUUAAAUUUUAUCUUGAUGUCCCCCUGGGCCUGAGUCUCCUCUACCAAUAACACCGUACCGAAACCGCAUCCUCUAGCCAUCAAGAUGGAUAUGACGAUGUCGACCUCGACAGCUAUGGCGAGCAUGACGAUGACGAGUGCAAGUUCUAUGGCGUCGUCUACCUCGGGAAUGGACAUGGGCUCAUCUUCGUCCAUGAUGAUGACCUCGGCGGAUAUGGCUAUGGUGUUCUUUCAAAGUGUCACAACCCCGUUGUAUUCCAGCGGCUGGACUCCGCAAGGCCAAGGCUCGUACGCCGGCACUUGCAUAUUCUUAAUCGUGUUGGCUCUAGUCCAUCGCAUCCUGAUAGCAGGGCGAUCUAUCAUCUUCAAUUCUGACCAAGCACUUCAUCGGCCUCGCAAGAGUGCCUCUUCAGAUUCGGAUGAUUAUCCGGGGAGCAAGAGCGACCUAGAGUCGAUGGGUAACCGUUUCAGGUCGCAUUGGAAUAGCCACCCGUUUAGAGUUGCAACUGAAACCGCUCGCGCGCUUCUUGAAGUAAUAAUUGGGGGUAUUGGAUAUCUAUUGAUGUUGGCAGUGAUGACAAUGAACGUGGGAUACUUCCUAUCGGUCUUGGGAGGAAUAUUUCUAGGUACCUUUGUUGCCGGCCGAUUCGGCGGCGGCGACGAUCAUCACUAAGGUUACGAUCUCAAUCGUUGCUCGAUAUCAUACGCAUUAUAUCUUACAAAUGGUAUAAAUGUCAUGAAUUUGGCGGAACGAGUGAUAGAGGAAUGCCAGAAUAGGAACAGAGGCAUAUACUAAAUUAUCUAGAUAGUUACCUACCUAGGUAGCCUUCUACGAUAAUGCUUAUUGGGAACUAGAGUGAGAGCGUGCUACGUGCUAAGUAUUCCUAAUGAAAAACUCUAGCCGAGAUUAUUCGAUACCUACCUACCUACCUAUUUACCAACUAGAUCUAAGCAUAUUUGAAUUCCGCCAUACCUACUAGGUACCAGGUAGGUAGUUUUCUUCCGCCUUUGGGCGUGUACAUGGA